UCUCUAAAAAACUAACAAAACUGUAGCAAUAAAAAAAAUGAAAAAAAUAAGAAAAAACUUAGACCAUUUCAACUCUACAGUCUCUCAUAUUUUGCAUAUAAAACCAACCAUUUCUCACAUCAAAUGACAAAAAUCACUAAACUCUCACACUCCAAAAUCAACUACUCCAAAAAGAAACAAAUGGCAAGAAAGAGAAAGGCUUGUGAUUUUGUAGAUGAUGAAGAAAAACUCAACCCCAGAGAGAAAAACCUAUCGCCCAAGUGGGACGAGAUGGUGAAGGAGGCAGCCGCCGCGGCGGCGGUGGGCGGCAUCAGGCGGGCCCGCAAGCGGUUCGUGGGAGUCCGCCAACGCCCCUCGGGGCGCUGGGUGGCGGAGAUAAAGGACACGAUACAAAAAAUAAGAGUGUGGUUGGGCACAUUCGACACCGCGGAGGAGGCAGCCCGAGCCUACGACGAGGCAGCCUGCCUCCUCCGUGGGGCCAACACUCGAACUAAUUUCUGGCCCACAAAUUCAAAUUCUUCCUCAACUCCCGCCCUCUCCUCGAAAAUCACCAACCUCCUCCUCAGCAGGAUCAAAGCACGGAACAGUGCCUUGAUCACUGCUAAUUACAUAACUACUUUGCAUCCGUCCUCGUCCGUGUCCCUGACUCCGCCUGUCAGCCAGGAACAUGCGGCGACAGGGGACACAGGGGAAAUCCCCGACUUCUCAGAAUCAAGCUUCACCGACUUCCUCAACGAUCCCGAUGAGAAUUACACCAUCGAAAACAACAUGAUCGAUCACAAAUAUUCGAGUUUCGACUCAUUUGCAACGCAGGCCGAUGAGAAGUCGGAUGAAACAGAGGUAGACGAUGAGAUGAUGGUGAUGAUGGAGCCUGUGGAUUUCCAGUUCGUGGACGAAAUCGGAUCGUCGAUCGAGUACUCUGCUUUCGAGAUAGCUGAGGAGAUUUCAAGGCCAAUGGUGCAAGAAGAUGAGCAGUUAAUGCUGAGUGAAGCAAUGAAGAGGAUGAACUAUGAGAGGAAGUUCUCUGCUUCUUUGUAUGCCUUUAAUGGGAUCAAUGAGUGUCUUAAACUGAGCUCGAGCUCGACUCGAUGUGAUAGAUCCGAGCAGCUCACGAGGCUUAGGAAUGCUUGUAAAAUGAACCGAGAGGAGGCAACCAACAACAACAACAACAACGACAACAACAACAGCAACGACGAACUAGCGAGGGAAAAUGAGGAAGAUGAGAAUGCAGACGUUGGGUCCAAUUUUGAUGGAGAAUCAAUGCUGUGGAACUCCAUCGACCUUCCAACUAUAUGCUACGUUAACUAAUUCGAUCGUCAUUAUAUUUUGAUUGUGUUUUCGUGAUAAUUUAGGUUCUAAUUCAGAUGUUUUUUUUGCUUGUCUUCCUAAUUUUGGGCCAUUGUGUGGACUCAAAAAGGAAUGGCAUGUUGGUGACUGCCACGUAGACAUUCUUUGAUAGUUGAUUUGAUUCGAGCUUCAAAUAGCUCUAAGAAUUGCACUUCAAUCAUUUGGUAUGUCGUAUUGUUUAGUAAUUUCUUAUAUUAAAUCGAGAAUUGACUUCGUCCAACAUUAGUUAAACCAAACUUGAAAAACAAAGGAGGAAACUAAAGCCCAAUUAUAUGAUAUGAAAAAUAAGACUAAUUAACAAGAAAUAAAUAUCAAAAUUACACUAGAAAGAAAAUGUUUGAUGAAUUAGGUAUUGCAUCUAGCAACCUGCAGCUGGCUCAUAUUAACUACUUCUAGAAUUGAAGGAUCAAAUUCAUAAAAAAAAAAAAAAAAAAGAA